AUGACAGAUGCCAACUCAUCAUUCACCGGAGGUGCUCAGUUGCAGCCAAGUAGAAGCAUGAAUACUGAUUCAUUCAUGCGUGUUCCAGCGUCCCCAAUAUCAUUUUCAUCAAAUAACAUCUCUGGCUCCUCAGUCAUUGAUGGCUCCAUUGUGCAGCAAAGUCCACCCCAAGACCAGGUACAAAAGCGGAGAUCUUCAAGUGUAACAUCACAUCCCAUGAUUGAGGCCAAUGGUGCAUUGCAUGCUCCAAAGAAAUCAAGAAUUGAUGUUAGGCAAGAUGAACUGCAGCAACAGCUGAUUCAGCAGCUGCUCCAUGGUCAGAGUUCCCUUCAUCUCCAGGGGCAACAGAACCCACAGCUUCAAGCUUUGAUCCAGCAGCAUAAACUAGCACAGUUGCAGCAGAGGCAGCAGCAGUUGUUGCAACCGUUUGCUCAGAUACAACCAUCUCAAAUUGGCAUUUCUCGUCAGCCUCAGCUUAGGCCACCGCUAGCACAGCCGGGAAUAGCUGGACCUAUUAGGACUCCUGUCGAUACUGGGCUUUGUUCCCGAAGGCUAAUGCAGUAUUUAUAUCACAAGCGUCAUUGUCCAGAGAAUAAUCCCAUAACAUAUUGGAGGAAGCUUGUUGAGGAAUAUUUUGCACCACGAGCAAGAGAGAGAUGGUGUGUGUCGUCUUACGAUAAGAGAGCGAACGCUUCAGUUUCUACUCCACAAUCAGCUCAGGACACAUGGCGAUGUGACAUAUGCAAUACACAUGGUGGAAAAGGAUAUGAGGCUACCUAUGAAGUGCUUCCUAGACUCUGUCAAAUUAGAUUUGAUCAUGGUGUUAUAGAUGAAUACCUAUUCCUUGACGUGCCCAACGAAUUCCGGUUGCCUAAUGGACUAAUGCUGCUGGAGCAUACAAAAGUUGUUCAAAAGUGUGUUUAUGAACACCAACAUGUUACACAUGAGGGGCAUUUGAGAAUCAUAUUCACACCAGAAUUGAAGAUCAUGUCAUGGGAGUUCUGUUCACGACGACAUGAAGAGUAUAUCACUCGCCGGGUUCUGGCACCACAGGUCAAUAAUUUGCUACAGGUUGCCCAGAAAUACCAAGCGGCUGCCAGUGAAAGUGGUCCUGCUGGGGUUUCAAACAAUGAUGCACAAACCAUUUGCAACAUGUUUGUGACUGCAUCACGGCAACUAGUGAAGAAUCUGGAGCAGCACACCUUGAAUGAACAUGGUCUUUCUAAACGAUAUGUUCGCUGCCUGCAGAUAUCGGAGGUGGUGAAUCACAUGAAGGACUUGAUUGAGUUCACCAACAAAAACAAUCUUGGUCCUAUAGAGGGCCUGAAGAAUUAUCCAAAACGAAAUGUACCAAAGCUUCCAGGACAGAAUUCGCAUGAGGCAAAACAAAUAACGGCUGCUGCUGGUCUUCCCAAUGACCAGAACAACACCAAAGUUAUGGGUGUCAAACAAGAAAUAAGCGCUCAUGUGGACAACGGAACUUCUGUUGCUGGAGCCAUUGGUAAUAGUACUCCACAGAAUGCUGCAACACUAAACAGUUACCAGAAUUUACUCAGAAGCUCCAGUGCAAAUCAGAGUCUUCUUCAGCAGGAGGCAUCCAGUGUCUUCAAAGGUCCUGCUGCAAUGUACAAUGGCAUGCAGCUGGAAGCAUCUAGAUCCUUCCGUGGACUGAACCAAGUACAGCUAGCACAAUUCCAAUAUUCUGGGUCAUUUCAGCACCCACUGCCUCAGCACAACAAUCUCCAGGGCUUGGGAGUGCAAAAUAAUCACCAGGGCUUGGGUGCGAGCCCACAGUAUCAGCAGCAUGUUUUAAAUCAGCUGCUUCAAGAAGUUAAGAACACUAACAGCCGCACAUUGCCACAGCAACCACCUCCAGACACCCCUAAUGUAAGCAGCGGUAUCACAUCAGGAGGUGCUAACACCAACAGUGCUGCUACCAGAGAGCAGGCACAGCGCAUCAAUAACAGCGCAGUAAAGGAUGCAGCUACGGUCGGUACCGGGCCUAGUAAUGUGAUCAACAACAGCACAGCCAGCAUUGCCCCCAGCAGAAGUAACAGUUUCAAGUCGGUAAGCAGCAAUCCAGCCGCUGCCGCCGCUGCUGGAGGCAAUGCCGCGACUUCGAAGGCUGAGCCCUUCCACGAAUUUGAUGACUUCGAGCAACUCCUCACUAAUGAAUUGGUGGGAAACGAGUUCUUGUGGGACAAUUGA